GGCGCACGUUACGUCGCGUCCUCAGAGCCCGGAAGUAGUUUAUGACGUAUUUGGGGGCCAAGGGUCAUAGAACAUUCGCCUGCCACAUACGCCUCGGUCGCAUUUGUUUGUCUUUGUCCAAAAAAAAAAAAGGAAAUAACUUUCGAAACCAGGCAGAUCUGGGCAAAGACAUGGCGCGUCUGGUGGCUGUCUGCAGGGAUGGGGAUGAGGACUAUCUGUUUCUGGCACGUCAGAUUCCCUUGUACAUCGAUGACUCUCUCACGAUGGUGAUGGAGUUUCCUGACAGUAUUCUGGACUUUGACAGCUAUCAGAUCAACAGUUCACAAAUGAAGCAGUUUAUUGAGCAUCACAGCAUGCUGAAGCAGCAGGACCUGAACAUGGCGUUGAUGGUGAUGUCUCGUGAGGUGUUCAGCGCUCUGUCUCAGCCGGUGCCGUGUGUGGGCUGCCGGCGCAGCGUGGAGCAUCUGUUCUCUCAGCUCACAGACUCUGGGUACUUUGCACUAGAUCCGCUCACUGUGGGAUCAUCUGGAGUGCUGUCAGUCACACGCGCGUGUCUCACAGACCCCAGGAAGCUCUACACACUCUUCUAUGUUCAUGGGUCAAAGUUAAACAACGUAAUUGACUCUAUUCCCAUGAGUAAAAAGAACAAACGCUGUCAGCUGCAUUCUUUAGACACGCACAAACCGAAGCCUUUAGGGGGCAGCUGGAUGGACGUGUGGGAACUGAUGUCACAGGAGUGUCGUGAUGAAGUGGUUUUGAUUGACAGCACCUCUUUACUGGAGACUCUGGAGACAUACCUGCACAAACACCGGUUCUGUACGGACUGUAAGAACAAGGUUUUGAGAGCGUAUAACAUCCUAGUAGGAGAUCUGGACUGCAGUAAAGAGAAGGGCUACUGUGCGUCUCUGUAUGAAGGUUUACGCUGCUGUCCCCAUGAGCGCCACAUCCACGUCUGCUGUGAGACUGAUUUCAUCGCACACUUACUGGGCCGAGCAGAACCAGAGUUCGCUGGGGGUUAUGAGCGUCGAGAGCGACACGCGAAGACCAUAGAUAUCGCACAGGAGGAAGUGCUGACGUGUCUAGGAAUACAUCUGUACGAGCGCCUGCACAGAAUCUGGCAGAAGCUAAGAGCAGAAGAGCAGACGUGGCAGAUGCUCUUCUAUCUAGGCAUUGAUGCGCUCCGCAAAAGCUUCGAGAUGGCGGUGGAGAGGGUUCAGGGCAUCAGCCGGCUGGAGCAGCUCUGUGAGGAGCUCUCAGAAGAGGAGCGAGCCAAAGAACUCAAACAGGAGAAGAAGAGGCAAAAACGCAAGAACAGACGCAAAAACAAGUGUGGCUUCGAACAAGAGGCGGAGGGGGAAAAGGAUAAAAGUCUUGAUGAGGGUUCGUCUGAGUCUGUGGACAGCGGCUGUAAGUCGUGUGGCAGUGGAGAGGAGUCUGUCAGCAGCGCAGAGGUCGUCAUCACCAGCCAGAGUUCAUCCUGCACCUGCACCGCCUCCAUCCUGCAUUCCCCCAAAACCAAGAAAGGUAAAGACAGCUUUUCUUAUUCUUUAAUAAUGGAAUCAUGCAUGCGAGUUACCCAGAAUGCACCUGACUGUCUGUUUGUUCCUCUAGCCCUGUUGCCUCACAGUAACGGCAGUGACUGUGGCUACUGUUCUAGUUUGGAGGGCAGCGAGACUGGAUCCAGAGAGGGCUCAGACGUGGCCUGCACCGAGUGCAUGUGCAACCAUGACGAAACGGGUGAAUACUCGUGUAGUCAUUGCUGCUUGGAGGAGAAGGAAGAGGACGCUGUGGACAGCUGUGUGGAGUGCUGGGCUAACUCUGAAGACAACACAAAGGGCAAAAACAAAAAGAAGAAAAGAAAAAACAAGGCGUCACUUUGCAGGAGUGAGCAUGGAUCUGAAGCAGAUUGCAGUAGCAGAGGAUCUGGAUCUGCUGCUGUUCACGAGUCUCCCUUCCCUUCACCGCAUCUGUGCAAAAGCAAAGUAGCUCCGUGCUGUGAAUCCUGUGAGAGCUUCACUCCUCAUGUGAGCAGCAGCAGACACUUCCACAGUCAGCCUGUCUUACCGGACACCUGCACACAGGAGAACAGCUGUGCCAAAAGCCUCAUGGAGUUACUGAAUGAAUCUGAAGUGACUUCAGAUGAAGAGACAUGUCUGACGCAGGAUGAGAUCCAGUCGUUCGUCGAGAACAACAAAACCUUCUACCGCACACGAGACCAGUACAGACAGCACCUUAAAGAUCGCUUCACCAAAUACUGCCGUGGCGAGUGGCUGCCGGCCACCAGCGUCAACUAGACUCGCCGCCGCAUGCACACUAACUCGCACUUAUUUUUAUAGAGCGUCAAAACACUCAUGAUCACUGCUGCAUUGAGUUUAGAAAUACCAAAUGGGUAAGAGAAUCAGUUUCAGCGCUGUAUUUGAUGAUAUUCAUGUUUGUUGGGUAAUGUUUCACAUCUUUUGCAUCUAUAUACACAUCUUCCCCUUAUGGCCCCUCCUCUUUCACUCUCUCUCAACCAAUCACAGCUGGCUUUGUUUUCCUUUCUCUCUUGACACUGAUAAGGGAGCAGGUCAUUAGGAACAGAGCUGUUAAAUGGAUCCUGGAGCUUGCAGGCCUUGACUGUAGGGUUAGGUGUUGGUAGUCUUAAUGUAUUGUUUGUUAUAUAUUUCUAAUUUUUUUUUUUUUUUCAUUUUCAUUGACUGUGACCGUCUUAGUGGCAAGAAUUGUACUGAUGAAUUUGUACAGAAAUAAAUAUCUGAAUAAAAUGAUUUUACAGGGAGAUGAAAACAUCCAUUUAUGAAGUGACUGGAUGUGAUGUUGAAAGCGAUGUGCAAAAUUUACAAAUAAAGAAUAUUUAUUAAUAUGCAUCAGA